UUAGCAGGCAGUAGUGACGCUGACAGCCCCUCCGCUGCUGGGGACAGAGCCGGAGCCUUCCCGCCCCGGAGAAGGAGUGAGUGCGGCAGCCACACAGUUCAGGUCCUAGGAGAUGAGGCUGUAGGGGUGCCUCAACCACUUUCAUACUCUGGCUCCCAGAACAUUAGGACCAGUGAGAGAAGCAGGCAGGUGCCACAAUGAGCACUGCUUCUAGAAGAUUCUGUUUGCUGCAUCAUUGCUACAUCUUCUAAAAGUGUAAAUGUGCGUAAAGACUUAUCUCAAAGAACUCCAGUUACUGGAAACAUUUUCUUUGAAUAAGAAGUCAUCCUCAAAAUAAUCUCAAACCAUACAAUGGCCUCAGCUGUAAUCAGUUCAGUUCCCACUACUGCAUCUCGCUUUGCUCUAUUACAAGUGGAUAGUGGUAGUGGUUCUGAUUCAGAGACUGGAAAGGGAAGAAGUGGUCGAGGUGCUGGGAAGUCGCAAGCUUCAGGGGGAAAAUCAACUACAAAUGAGAAGAAGAAAGAAAAGAGGAGAAAAAAGAAGGAACAGCAGCAGAGCGAGGCUAAUGAGCUCCGAAAUCUUGCUUUUAAAAAGAUUCCUCAGAAAUCCUCUCAUGGAGGCUGUCUGUCUCAACAUGAACAAAUGUUGCACAGCCCAGUGGAGAAAGACUCUCAGGAAGAAAAUUGGCAAGAGUGGAGACAAAGAGAUGAACAGCUGACAUCUGAAAUGUUUGAAGCAGAUCUUGAAAAGGCAUUACUGCUAAGCAAACUGGAAUACGAAGAGCACAAAAAGGACUAUGAAAAUGCUGAGAAUGCUUCACCUCCCUCAAAAUCAGUGAAUAAGAAAGAGAAAAGAAAGAACCAGCAGGGAAAAGACAAACCUCUCACAGUAUCUCUGAAAGACUUUCAGUCAGACAUUAAUAUAGAUCCCCUUGCUAAAAAGCACGAGGAACUGAGCUCUUCCCAGACUUUAUUGCAUGAUGGAGGAUUCUUCAAUAGACUGGAAGAUGAUGUUCAUAAAAUACUUAUUAGAGAAAAAAGGAGAGACCAACUCACAGAUUACAAUGGAGUGGAUAACUGUACAUCUCAUGAACAUAGUCAGGAGGUUAUUUUGAAAGAUGGAAAAACAGAACGAUUAAAGUUGGAACUUGAAAAGAAAGAUACAGAAAUUCAGCAACUGAAAAGCAUCAUUACUCAGUGGGAGGUGAAGUAUAAAGAAGUAAAAGCAAGAAAUGCACAGCUGUUGAAAAUGUUGCAGGAAGGUGAAAUGAAAGACAAAGCAGAAAUACUUCUACAGGUUGAUGAAUCUCAGAGUAUCAAGAAUGAGUUGACCUUACAGGUGACUACACUUCAUGCUGCAUUAGAACAAGAAAGAUCUAAAGUGAAAUUAUUACAAGCAGAACUAACAAAAUAUCAGUUUAAGGAAGAAAUCUCUAAGCGUUUCAAGUCCCACACAGAUCAACUUGUAUUAAUAUUUGCUGGAAAAAUUUUAAAAGAUCAAGAUACUCUGACCCAGCAUGGGAUUCACGAUGGACUCACUGUUCACCUUGUCAUCAAAACACAAAACAGAUCACAAGAUCAUCCUGUACAGCAAACGAACACCACAGGGAAUACUUCUACCACAUCGACAUCAAGCAGUAGUACCUCCACACCCCCCUCAACAAACAGCAGCCCUUUUGGUUUGGGUGGCCUCGGAGGACUUGCAGGUCUGAGUAGCCUGGGCCUGAAUACAUCUAACUUUUCAGAGUUACAGAGUCAGAUGCAGCGACAGCUCAUGUCCAACCCGGAAAUGAUGGUUCAGAUAAUGGAAAAUCCCUUUGUUCAGAGCAUGCUUUCAAAUCCCGACCUGAUGAGGCAGUUAAUUAUGGCCAAUCCUCAAAUGCAGCAAUUGAUACAGCGAAAUCCAGAGAUCAGUCACAUGCUUAAUAAUCCAGAUAUAAUGAGACAAACCCUAGAACUUGCGAGAAACCCUGCAAUGAUGCAGGAAAUGAUGAGAAACCAAGACCGAGCCUUGAGCAACCUUGAGAGUAUACCAGGUGGAUACAAUGCCUUGCGACGCAUGUACACAGAUAUUCAGGAGCCAAUGUUGAAUGCAGCCCAAGAGCAGUUUGGAGGUAACCCAUUUGCGUCCUUAGUAAGCAACGCAUCUUCAGGUGGGGAAAGUCAGCCGUCUCGUACAGAAAAUAGAGACCCGUUACCAAAUCCUUGGGCUCCUCAGUCCAGCUCUCAGAGUUCCACAACCAGUGGCAGCAACAGCGGGGAAAGUGGGGGCAGUAGUAGUGUUGGAAAUAGCACCGCCACCAGUACAGGACCAGGCUCAGCCAUGCCUAAUUUGGGACCCGGAGUAGGAGCUGGUAUGUUCAACACUCCAGGAAUGCAGAGUUUGUUGCAGCAGAUAACAGAAAAUCCACAGCUUAUGCAGAACAUGUUGUCUGCACCCUAUAUGAGAAGCAUGAUGCAGUCACUAAGCCAGAACCCUGAUCUUGCAGCACAGAUGAUGCUGAAUAAUCCCUUAUUUGCUGGAAAUCCUCAGCUUCAGGAACAAAUGAGACAACAACUCCCAACUUUCCUUCAACAAAUGCAGAACCCAGACACACUGUCGGCAAUGUCAAACCCUAGAGCAAUGCAAGCUUUGCUACAAAUUCAACAGGGCUUGCAGACACUAGCAACAGAAGCACCAGGGCUUAUACCAGGAUUUAAUCCUGGUGUAGGGGGAUUAGGAAGCACUGGCGGUCCAACAGGGACAACCAUACCUAGCUCCAUCCCCAGUGAAAAUACAAGUCCAGCCUCAGGAGUUGCUGAAUCUAGUCACCAACAAUUUGUUCAGCAAAUGUUGCAGGCACUUGCUGGUGCAAAUGCUCAGCAGUUACAAAAUCCAGAAGUCAGAUUUCAGCAACAACUGGAGCAGCUCAGUGCAAUGGGCUUUUUGAACCGUGAAGCAAAUUUACAAGCUCUAAUAGCAACAGGAGGAGAUAUCAAUGCAGCUAUUGAAAGGCUACUGGGCUCCCAACCAUCAUAGCAACAUUUCUUUAACUUGAAAAAUGUAAUUUAUUUUUGAUAACAGCUCUUAAAUCUUUAAAAUACUUGCUUUAUUUCAUUCUGACUCUUGAGAUUGUCUUGUUAUAACUACACCCAGUCCGAUGCAUUUUAAGGUGGAGUGCAGUAGUUUUCUUUGAACAGUGGGAAUCAAUGCUUUUUCAUUCACAGUUGUUGCAUGCAUCAAACACUUCUCUUUGUUCAGCAUUUGUUGUGAUUUUGUUGAAACAGAUAUCUUUCACAAUUGAAUCAACAGGUUUUGUCAGACCUACAAUUGUCCAAUUUAUUUACUACUUAAACAUUAGCUUUGGGUAGUAAUUUAUGUAGAAUACAAAUUAUUAAAAAGGAAACAAAUUAAAUGAAGCUAUAAUUUGUGGGUACCAAUACUGCUUUUUGUGACUUCAGCAUGUAUUUUUUGCUAGCAAAAUGCUGUAAGAUUUAUACCACUUGAUUUAUCUAUCAUUUUUGCUUUUAUUUGUAUAAAAUAUACACACAAUAUAAAUGUUGGAAACAGCUCACAUCUAGGAACUUAAACACUGCAAUAGAAUGAAUCUAUGUAACUAAAAAAAUCCAGAACAAAUAAAAUUGACACAUUUCUAGUGGAGAAACUUUGAGCAUCUUUGGUGAACAUCUCUCAGCAAAAGAGUUUAGGCAAGUUCAUUUCAUUUAAAAUAUGCUAGAAUUAUUGAUCUAAUUAUCUCUAAGUCUACAUCUAACUGUACAGAAAGCUGCAUUGUAACAUUGUCUCAGUAUUCACAAGGAUUGACUGUAAAUUAUCUUAAUCUUUUUGCAGAUUGAAGGAGCACUACUGUAUGCUCUGAAACUGCUUCUAAAGCUUUUUGGCUUCUCUCAUUGAGAUUCUAACAUGCAUUAUGAUUUGUAAUUGGAAGAAUUACUUUCACUGACAGUGUCAUGUGAUAUUCUAAUUACUUUUAACCACCAUGUAAAAAUACUGUAUAUCUUUUGAGUUUUUAUUGGUAGUUAUUUCUCUUGUGCACAGGUAAUAAAUGAAUUAAAAAUUC